CUUCAUUGCAUCGCGAACCGUGCGCCAGAGUGGUUUAGCUUUUUUUCUCGCUCGCUCGUCGAGUUUUUUGGUUUUCUCCGCUACUCACACCCGUGACCCGUGUAUCGUCUAUAUACAUACACACACGAGCUCCGGUUCGGUUUCAGCUCCAUCCACCACCAUCGCCAUCGUAAAGGAAAGGAACGGGUGAGGGGAACAACGGACCCCGGUGUACAAAAAGUAAAGUGAAGAUUAGUGAAGUGGUGUGCGUGCGUACCCCGUGUAGAAACGAGAAAAAGUAUCCAAGCAGCGAAGUCGAGUGGAGCGGAGGAAACAAGCCGCAAACCAGUCUCGGUACAUCCAAGUAGCGAUCUUGAACUCAGUGGCUUUUCAGACGGCAUCUGAAUAGCACGCAUUUUACUGUUCGCUGGGCGAUCAUUUGGCGAUCCUUAACUAGCUAGCCGGGAGUAUUUUUUUGCCCGCCCUUUUCGAAAAUUCACAGUUCAAGCUGUUUGUUCGAAUAUACCCCGGAAAGUGGAAGUUAUUUGUGAUUUACUACUCCAUCUGGAUGGAAGAGGUCUCCCGCGGUUUACUUAGCCAGCAGCGGAUUUACGGCAGUGUUUUUUCUCGGUGGCCCCCACGGCGGAGGAUAGUGUUCUCCAUCUUGACCCAAGUGAAAAGAAGAGUGAUUCACGCUCCCUGUUGAAAAGGAGGGGAAGGGAGAAGAGAAAUUGGAACGCCUACUGUGACCUUGAUUUUUAAGUGAAAAUAAGAAAAAGUUAACCGGUGAAAACGGAAAAAAAGUGUUAAAAACAAACGACAAAAGUGCGGUGAAGUUUGUGAGACUUAAGAAAAAAGUAGAAACAAGUCGUAGGGAAAUAGCGCGUACCGGCAGAUCGCAGAACUUGGAACCUGGUCCCGCAAGAGUGUCAUGCAGAUACGCGGACAUUUCCAGCCCAGAAUCAGUAGAUCAUCGCCGCAGCCGCUAGCAAAAACGACGCCGCUUCGGAAAAAGUCGACCCACACAGGGGCGAAAAAAUUGUUAGACAAAAACGGACCGAAGAAGAACAAUAGACUCGUGCUAGUCGGAGGAACAACGCACUGCUGUUGUCGUCGUUGUUGUUGCUGUUUGUUGGUAGUGAGAAAGACUCGAACAAAAGACCGCCGAAGAAGGCGAGCGGUAGUAGUGGUAUCCCGGUGGUUCGGGUCGGAAGGCUGCUGCGGGGAAUAAUAACUGUACCGCAAUACGGUCGUUCAGCAACAACAAGUGAGACUUGAGUUUGCUCUCGUGUGUCUCCUAUUGGUUUUUCGAUCGAUCGCGCGCACUGUUUGUGUGUUAGGUAGAGUUGCGGGUAGUGGUCCAACCCAGUGAUUAGAGUGGCGCAUUGAUCAGAGCGCACCACAUAUUGCAACGCGAGUUUUUCGUGGAAUUUGGACCCUUCUGUGAAAGGAAAAGUUUGCUGUAGUAGGUGAUACUAAUAGAAGGAAAAAAUAGCCGCAGAAGGAUAAGCUAACUAGCUGGAGGAAAAAAAUAGGCGAGAGUCACCUACGAGCUCACGCGAACUGCUGUCCCUCACUCAGUGAUAUAUACACGUAAUACACCGGAUUGUGAUACUAGCGAACCCAAGAGCGAGUAAACGCACAGAGCCCUGUGCGUGUAGCGAAGCGGAUUUAGUUUAAGGAAUAAAAAAAAACAGUGAAACGCUUAUCAGAUUUAAGUUUACCCGACAAAAUGCUUUUGAUUAAAUCGGAACCCCUGUGGGACGAUACCAGCAGCAGCAUUGACGCUACGCUGGAUUGGAACAGCGAUUUGCAGCUGGAGCUACUGGAGCUUCCACCGUCGGAUUUUCUAACCGAUGCCGGCGAUUUCGAGCAAACCUAUGGCUUCGGUACCAUCUGGGGAGAGCAGCCCGUAUCGCCAAAGGUGCAGAUACGAAACCACGACUGUAUGUGGUCCGGGACGUGCGUCGAUCUGUCCCAUCCGGGCAAAAUGGGUUGCGGUAUGGAUCACGGUGACAGCUCACACAAUCAUCAACCAUCGGCAACGGUAGGAACCGGAAACUUCAGUACCGUUACGGCCGUUGCAGCCGCCAGUUUGAACGCCACCCAUCAGAAACCCAUUUUGACCCCGGCAAAUAACUCGGCCCUUAAUAUCAACAACAAUGUCACACCAAAAAUCGGCCCAUUCAAAGCUCAGGCAGCUCAAAUCCCGGCCGGAUCAUCCCUGUUGAUUAACCCAAGGAAUAAACUGCAACAGCUGCAGCAGCAGCACAUCAAUCGAGUGCCCACCAUUUCCACGGCGGACUUCCUGCGGGAACGGGAAGGCUCGAUGUCGCUGCAUACACGUCCGGACACGCCGCUCAGUUUGGACGAGGAUCCGCCAGAGUUCAAGCACAACAUCGAUCUGGCUACCUGUACGAUCGGAUCCAAUCGACUACGGCUCACCGAACACUGCAGCUCCCGUUACUACUCGGGACACCAUCAGAAUCACCACGAAGACGCCUCCUCCAGUCGAAUCAUCAACAUGCUCAAGGAACGGUUGGAGGACUCGGCCAGCGAUAGUAGUCUCUUCUUGACGCGAUCCUCGAGCGAAAUCGGUUCCCUGACCGAUUUGUUACACGAUCUGGAGGAACUGAACGGUGAUGACGAUCGGGAUCGGCACGAGCAGGAGGAGGAAGAGGAGGAUUCUGAUACCGAUUCGAAUGGGGAAGGUGAUAGCGGCGGUAUCAGCAGUCGAUGCAGUAAAGGUGGUGGUGGCGGGGGUGUCGAUAGGUCUGGAGCUUAUACCCAUGCGCAUCAUUCGGAAAUGAGUCCAUCUUCGUCGUCGUCAUCGUCCUCCUCUUCGUCGCCGUCAUCGUACGAGUACCAGGGAACGCACGUCGGUGAUCACAGUUACACCAGACCGAAGAAUCGGUACAACAUGAGCGAGCUGGGCGUGCAGACACCUUCGGAUUCUGAAGAGGAAGAAAUCGACGUAGUCUCGAUAGGUGAGAAGAAUCUGCCAACGAAUCCGACGGCACGUGACCGACGUGCCCUGCAGUCCCGAGUGGCGCACAAAAUCGCCCGCAAACAGGUCGCCGGUUCGCAGCAUCGACGUCGCCACAGUGACGACGAAUCGUCCGGUGGACACCACUCCGGUUCCGGGACAAGCUCCCAAACUAGUCCCAGCAAAUCUUCCGGCUAUGGUCUCUCCCCGAACUAUCUAACCCCGGCUUCAUCGACGACCAUUUCCGGCACCAACACUCCCCUACCCGGUCAUUCUUCUUCGUCCUACGCCAACAACGGUAGUAUAUCGAACCCCCGCAAACGACCGAACAAGGAUGGCGGGGGCAAGAAUCGUCACCAUCAUCAGCAUCGCAACAAGAAGCAACGCAUCCCGGUCAAGAAGCCCGCAUCCGAUUCGUCCGAGGAGAUGGAAUCGCUGGAGAAGCGCAACCUUCACAACGACAUGGAACGUCAGCGGCGGAUCGGGCUGAAGAAUCUGUUCGAAGAGCUGAAACGGCAGAUACCGAACCUGCGGGAGAAGGAACGUGCGCCGAAGGUGAACAUCCUACGCGAAGCGGCCACCCUUUGCCAGAGGCUUAACCGCGAACAGGAACAGCUGAAUGCCCUGCGGAAACAGCAGCAGCGACUGUACGCGCGGGUUCGGCAGCUACGGACCUCGUUACACUCGCAGCGGCGGACGAUGGAGUAGAGAGUGGUGGAGGAUUCGCGCAUGGCGAAAAGAAGGAGACAGAGAGAAGCAGGAGGCGUGUGGAAACAGAUUGUGAUUUCAGAUUUAAGUGCGACAAGAAGCGACAACAUUUAACCCAGGUGCCAAUAAACGACAUGAAACAUUAAGCGGACGGAGAGAACGAGAAAGACAUCGAGUGAUCGGCGAAUCAGCGAGAACGAGAGAAAGCGAGGAAGAGUGUGUGUGUGAGUGAAUAGCGUACGCCCGAAGAAAAUUCCUAGAGUUUAGCGAUCGUGCGUGCGUGUCCAUCUUUUUGGGAGGUGGACAAACCUUUUUGUUAUUAACGUUUGGUGGCAGAAAGUUCUAUAUUAAAAAAAAAUCGUUUUAAGAUGAAUAACAGUUGAAAAAUAACCCAAAGCAAGCGAGAGAGAGAGAGGGAAAGAGGAAGUGUAACUUGAAGAAAAUGAAGAAGAGCAAAGGACGGUUGUGCGUAAGUACUGUAGCAAACUUUCUACAUCCUUCUUACACACACACAAACACACAGAGAGACAUAAAACUCAUCAGUCACAUUUUUGGUAGAGAAGGAGAAGGAGAGAAAGACACUCUGUUUCUUGCACAAAACAAAAAACAAACAAACAAACAAACACACUCAAACGUAUUGCAUUUAGUAGCGACCGGAUCGAAGCAGGCGCUCUCCACUUGCUUGCUCGCAUACGCGCUCGCACAGCGAGCUGAUGAUAAUCUUCCUAUUAUCGAUUUUGUUGGUUUUCUUUAUUUUGCGUGUAAUCUUUUUCUUUUUUUUUAUUAGAGCCGUAGAGCAGCCGUAAGAAAGAAGAGGAAGGGAGAGGGAGAUGGUGAGAGAUUUGUUUUUCUCACUUUAUUAAAGUUGAACACAGAUAAUCUAAAAUUAUCGAUCUACUAAAGAAUUAGCUGCUACAUACCUACUAUUACUUUAUUAGUUAUAUAUAUAUAUGAAGAUUUUGAGCACUUUUAUAAAAGAGUAAAAAAAUGAAAAAAGGAAACGCUUUCAAAGCAAUUAACUAUUAAAUGGAUAUAUAAGGAGAUACAGAUAAACAAAAAAACAGUUCUAAUUAUAAUAACACACCUAGGAUUAGUUUUGAAAAAAAAGCUCUAUAUUAAACUAGACAUUAUUAAUUAUAUCAAAACAAGGUCUUGAAUUACAUAAAACUGAAACUGAAUUGCUACACUUAACUUUAACAAGCAAACACAUUGAUAAAACAAAAAACAAACAAAAGCAGUAAAGAAAUGUUUUUAAUUUCUUUUUAAAUCGAUGGUAAAAAAUUAUUUUUUAAAAUUUUGUUUGUUCCACAAACGAAAAUACUGAUUUUUGACUACUUCAAUAACAACCAACUACUACUACAAUACUACUUGAGUGAAAACAAGAGAGACAGUUGUUUCCUAAUGUGUAGAUUUUUUUUAUAUAGUUUUAAUAACCGAUAUUUUUUUUACAAUGACCUUAGCUUCUAGUGACUUGAAAUCGUUGAAUGAUGAUGAAAUUUGGAAUUAAAGCUAAACAAAACAGAGCAAAAAAAUCUUGUAAAUGUAAAUAACAGAUUCAAUUUUCCGUUAUGUGUUGAACCUUCUUUUCAUUCUUAUUCGUAAUUUGUCAAAUGGUUUGCCCCUUAGCAGCGCAGUGUAGGCAGCAGGCGCAAACACAACUAUCAAUCAUUAAUACACACACGCAGACACUAUAUACACAUUAUUCGGAGGGGAUGAAAAGACGAAUAAGUUGCAUCUCGCGUCAAAGCAUUUCUAUUAAAAAAAAAACUAGUACACAAUACAAGCAAACGAAAAAAAACACUGUAAAUAUACUGAAAUGAAAUGAAUAGUCCUAAGAGAGAUAGUUCAUGUGAGUUAGUGCUAAGCCGGAAAAAAAGUCGAUACUAUUUUUUUUAUUAGUUUUUAUUAAUCAAUUAAGUUUUUUUAUAUAUUGAUGAACCACUAAAGUCCGAGGAAAAAAAUACUACUACUGUUUUAGGAUGGGGGACAGCGAUAGAGAGAGAGCAGCGAGAGGAAGAAAAAAAUGGGGAGGGAAAGCAAAUUUUGUCGCGAUUAUUAAAGCAAAUAACUAGAAAACAAAACAAAAAACAACAAAUGGCUGCUUGUUAUUAUUUCUGUUACGAACAAGUUGAAGAAGACACAACUAAGUCACUGUGUGUGGCGAUUAGAAAAAAGCCUACCAUCUGUUGGUGGUGGUCCGCCAGCGUUUUACUACUGUUGGGUGGAUGGAUUUUCUUUCUGUUGGUCUGGUUUUUGGUUUGGUCGGCGUCGCUUCCUUCGCUUUGGUUUGUUUCGUUCGUUUUUCUUUCUCUUCGUUUGUUUGGGUCUUUCGUUUGUGUUUAAGCGGUCUUCUUUACACCGUCGCACGCUUUGUUAUAUUCUGAGAAGUUAUAAAGUUUGGUUCUGGUGAUGUACGAUACGUAAGUACUAGUUUUUUUAAAUGUGUUAAAAUUAGCCCUAUCAUUAAAGCCACGUCAUCUAGCGAAUAGAAGAAGUCUUCUAAUCACUAGGUAACGUGGCUAUGAGAAUAGGGCUUCAUAUUUUUUUAGGAAAUAAAACUCGAUUCGAAAGAAACGUUGGAAUAGUUGCACUUUGAAUUAAAUGGAAAUUUUUACCAUUUUCUAAAUUUUUCUGAUAAGAAAUUUCGUAAUUUUAGAAAAAAAAAAUCAUUUGAAAUUUUAGAAAAAAAUCAUUUGAAUAUUGGAUAAUUUUGUAACUAUUCGUAAACAAUUAUCACGUAAAUUAAGAAAAAACUUUUUUUUGAUUAUACAGGUUUUAACCUUGUGGUCAUUUGCCUCUUUUCGGGUUAGAAAAUCUCUUUUCUAGAAAAAUUUCUAACCCUAUGUGCGGGGUUGGGAAACGAACCCAGGUGAGCUGCGUACAAGGCAACCGAUUUACGAACUACGCCCAAGUAGCAAUUGAAGUUUUAUAGCACGCUAUAAGUGCAAUCUAUGUUUUGUCAGUGGCUAUAAAACUAUCAUAAAACCACAAUUGUUACUAGGGCGCUGUGCCCGUCCCAAGAAAAACCGUUCCAAACGAAAUAGAAUAAUUUUUAACAAUUCUAAAAUAAUCUGUAAAAUUAUUUAAAUUAUUAUUUUUGGAUCAAUUUUUUUAGUAUUGUUUGAAGAAAAGAUAUUUUAUUAAAAAAAUUCGAACAGUUGCAGAAUUUACAAACAAAUUUAACAAAUUUUAAAUAAGAUUUUAAAUUUACUGAGUGUUGAGCACAGCUUAAUUAUUAAGUUGAUUGCCCUGUACGCAGCUUGGCUGGGUUCGGUUCUCAAUAUCCAAACAUUUCUGACAAAUUUCGAGCUAUUUCCAAUUUAAACCGAAUCGCUUGGUAUCCAACUUAAACCUUUGAAUUUUUUUUUCUCAAAAUUUCAGGAUUUAAAACUAGUUUUGAAGAUUGACUCAUGGAACUGCUAUUAUUUUUUCUCUCGCCAUUUUUUAUAAUAGCAUAACGAGGCAUUUGAAAUUAGCUCUACCAUUUCGACUAGAACCUUUUACCUUUUACGGUUUUACUUCACUUUUCGAAUGAAGACGUAACCGAAAAAAUUCCACCUAAAAAAAAACUUACGACUUCGGCUGGGAUUGAACACAGUCCCUCAGGGAUGAGAAGCAGUCUCGCUUGCCACUUAACCACCGGAACUGUCAGUUUUUUUUAUUGGAGUUGUGUAUGCAAUUUUCUACAACAUCCCUGAGCAAUUUUGAUUUGAGUUAGCUUUCGAGAUAUUUAUUAAUAAUCUUUUUAAAUAUUUAAUUAUUCAGUGAAGACUAGUUUUUGUCAGCUCCUUGGUGAAUUUUAGGCUGAUAAAACAGGGACAUUGACAAAAUCGGGACACAUAUUUUUUGUUCUUUUUAAGAAACCGAAGCUCUUAAAAUAUUCUUUUUUAUUCCCUGGGUAUAGCCUCAUAACCCUUUCUCUUAAGGGAGUCCGACAUGGCAAAAUUUAAAAAAAUGAAAAUUUUUAUUUUUGCAUAUUUCCGAUAUCUAAGAAAAAUAUCUCGUAUUUACUCGAAUUUAACAUGGUUUGUCUGCUAGAACCCAUCAAACUACCAACUCAAUUGUCAUAUGAGGCUGACAAAAUCGGAGGUAGACAAAAUCGGGGGCUAAUAAAAUCUGGUAU